GUUUGUAUUUUACGAAUACAUUUUAAAAGCAACUCGAAACCUUAGGUUUUGUUUCAUGAUGAAUAACUACGACGAAUCCGAUAUGGUUUAUUGCCCGUACAACAAGGAGCACAAAAUGCUGCGCAAGAAGCUCCAGCAGCACAUCUUAAAAUGCCGUGUGAUCUACAAAGACACGGUGGAACUUAUGGUUUGUCCCUUCAAUAGUUCCCAUUUGAUACCAGAGCCCCAGUUCUUUCAACACACCCAAUCGUGCGAGGAUCGAAACAUUAUAGUACACUAUCAGACCAGCGCUCCUGCUGUCCUCAGCGAAGACACCAGACACGCGAAGAUCGAGUCCGAGGAGAACUGGGAUGACGACGAGAGUGUGCCCGAUUACGAUCCUCAGGUCUACUGUUCCAGGGCCAACAUAGUGAGAGAGCCCAAUGGGUUGUUUCCCGCCCAGCGAAGGGCUUUCAUCGAGCAGGAAAAACGUCGUCACUUUGGCGAGGAUUACGAGGAGGAGAAGAAGCCGCGGAAGGCCAAGGCUCGCGCGGAUCUUCGUCCCACUCCCUACGAGCACAGGAGGCCAUACUCAAGGCGCCAGUAGUUCGUGUUCAUCAAGAAUUACUCCCACUGCCAAAGAACAAAAACCAAAACAUUUUAUCGGGGCUUAUACUCGUUAUUAUAACCAAAAAAAACAAUUCCACGGCCAAAUUGUUAAAAUUAACAUGUGCUGUGAAACAAGUAUUGCUCGCAGUUCAGAUGAGCAAAUGACAAAAUCAAUCUCAUAUUAUUCUGAGAUAAUGAAAAUAACAUACAUAUCCCAAAUUCAUGUACAUGUGUAAACUAUGUGCCUUUUUCCAUUAACGACACAGAUAAUCGUGAAAUAAAGCAUUUCACUUUGUUUCUUAUC